AUGUCCAAGCCGUUAGCCUUGAUCUUCCAAACUUCAUUUGUUACUGGAUGCCUGCCCUCUGAUUGGAAGUCCACUACCAUCACUCCGCAUUUUGAGGGCAGAAGUCGUGCGUCUGCGAAUAACUACAGGCCAGUGAGUCUUACCUCCAUCUGUUGCAAAAUCAGGGAGGAGAUAAUUAAGAAGGCUUUGAUGCAGUUUCUCGAGCAGCACCACCUCCUCUCUGAUGCACAACACGGUUUUCGAAGUGGUAGGUCCUGUCUCACCAAUCUACUCUUUACGCUCGAACGCUGGACCAAAGCACGUGAUAAAGGCAAGCUGGUGCACGCCAUCUACAUCGACUUCAAAAAGGCUUUCGACAGCGUUCCUCAUCAACGUCUCUUGUACAAACUGCGCAACGCUGGAAUUCGUGGACGCCUUCUUGUAUGGAUCCAGAACUUUUUGGCUGGACGGUCCCAGAGAGUGCAGGUCGGGCGUCAACAGUUCUCAUAUGUAAGCGUGGUGAGUGGCGUCCCACAGGGCUCAGUCUUAGGUCCCACGAUAUUCCUCGUUUUCAUAGAUGACUGCGUCAAGGACCUAGACUGUGAUUCCAUCCUGUUUGCCUAGGACAUGAAAUUGUGGAAAGUUAUUCACGAUGCGGCAGACGCACACCACCUGCAAGCAAAGUUGAACAGGCUCGAAGACUGGUCGAAGCGCUGGCUAAUGCCCUUCAAUAUAAGCAAAUGUAACUUUCUUCAACUCGGCGGCUUCAGAGCCCCCAGCCCCGGGACCUACUUUCUAAACGGCACACCACUGCAACAGGUUGACAUUCAGAAGGACUUGGGUGUAUGGAUUACAUCUUCACCCAAAACCAACACUGCACUGUGCGAAGGCGGCUAAAUCGGCUACGGCUACAUUGCUACUCAUUAGGCGAGCCUUUAUGGGAUUUGACCCUGACUGCUUUUCCUAAAUAUUUGGCACCUUCGUGCGACCUCAUCUAGAAUACGCCAUACAGGCGUGGAGACCCUGGACUGCCAAGGAUUAUAUCGUCUUGGAGAAGGUCCAGAGACGGGCGACCAAAAUGACACAAGGUCUGGAAGCACUGCCCUAUGAAACCAGACUGUCAACUCUCAACCUGUUUUCACUUUCCCACAGGCAAUUACGUGGUGACCUUAUACUAACAUUUCGCAUCAUCAACGGCCUAGACUGUUGUUUAGAUCCCACUGAUUAUUUCACCCAAGCUAACACGCCCACUUUGCGCGGUCAUCCCCUAAAACUACGCGCAGGGAAAUCAAGAACCAAUGGACGAAAGUCCUUUUUCAGUAGCAGAGUGGUUUCAGCCUGCAAUGCCCUGCCUACCGAUGUUGUAACCUCCUCCUGUGUGAACUCCUUCAAGUGUAGACUUGACCUGCGUCAAGCUUCCCAAUUACCACCCCCACAUCCACUCACAUAACCCGGUACCAUCUUAUACGUGUUUAUACUACUUGUAAUUAGUAAGUAACCAUUAAUGAUUACUCUUUUUCGACUAGCUGCCAGCUGUCCGCGAGUAUGUACAAAAUCCCUUUUUCACCUUCCCAUUUAUCAGUGUUUUUCUCCGACGACUUGUAACCAAGAGGGAAUUCAAAGGCGCUUGCCUAUAUUUCCCUUAAUAAACUGAUACUGAUACUGAAUAGUCAAACAGACUGCUGAAAUGUUUUCUGACUGCACAUUAUGGUUACACUGGCUGAAUGGUGCCAAACGGGAUAUGUAUACAUGCGGUUCUGGUACAGAUCCCCUACCCAGAUAUUUUCCUGUACUGGAACUUCACUUUCUCAAAGAAAAACACACUAACUCUGCUCUAUCAACUGUCUGCUCCUCUUAGGAAUUCCUGGUCUCCUUCGGAGUGCGUGCGUUUGUGAGUAUCGCUAUGGCAGACGGGCUGAUUUCAUUUAUUGUCUUUAAUUUUUACUCAGAAAAUAUCUUCAGCGGGAGGACUAUUCUAUAAUGACAUCAUUUACUGUGAUAUUAUCAGAGAUGCAAUUUUUUUCUUGCAAAUACAUGAUUUUAUUUUAUGGACAUUUUGACGCUCUUUAUGAGAAAAUAUUCAGAAAGAUGUGGUUCGGUAGUCCCACCUGAUGGACACAGUAUUGCUGGGGUUGAAAUUUGGGGUUAAAAUUAGGGGUUAUGGUUGGGGGUUAGGGUAAGGGUUUAGUAUUAAGGGUUAUAUUUAGGGGUUAUGUCUAAGGUUAGGGGUUAGCACAACUAUUUGUCAACCAUUCAAAGCACAACGCGCAUUCCCAAUAGGUGUUCUUUUGGUUCACUUUCAGUUUCAGUUUAUUAAGGGAAAAACAGACCAGCGCCUUUGAACUCCCUAUUAGUUACAGGUCGAUGGAGAAGAACACGGAUAAGUGGGAAGGUGAAAAAGGGAUUUUGUACACAAUCGCGGACAGCUGACGGCUAGUCGAUGAUGUCGUCGCAAACAUUAUUUCUGGAUGUAUGUAUUUUCUGCAAUUUCAGGAUUCGCGAAACCGGUUGACGAGAACACGCUUGCUUCAGAUGAAUUCACUUCAGGCCAGUGCAGGUAAAACUUAUCACUAAUUAGUAGAAUUCGGUGAUAUUCAUCUUUAAAACACAGACCAAACGAUCACUGCACGACACGUCAGAUGCUAAUUCAUAAGUUUAGCUUGCCUAAAUCAUAUCGGCAUUGGGAGCUCUCGUCUGUGUUUUGUGGUCCGGUCUGACUACGCGAUCUCCAUAUCUUCAAUUAUGUACUUAUCUCCAUAGUUCCUAAAGCAGCUGUCAUUUAUGGACUCAACGUUAAUCAUCACAGAGCAGAACUUACCUGGGUGAAGUGUGUUCGAUGCACAGAGUGGGUCACGGGGCCUGCGACGUCGGGAACCUGCGCAGAUCAGGUGAGACUGCGACGGUGCGCUGGUCUGACCGAUCCAGGUAAGUUGGACCUUCGCCUUCCCCCUCCCAAGGGCGGCCACAGCCAGUUGACCUCCUCCGCACGUGCUGAUGCUGUUUUCUGGAAAUGGCGUCAGUAGAUCGCCAGACAAAGUCUGAUGGGAGAGCGCUUCUACGAAGUUUGGGCGAGUGAUCACUGAUCUGUUAAUUCCGUCUGUCUCACUCAAAUUUAGUGUACAUUUAGAUGUUCUAACUCAUUGCUUCCUUUAGACAAUACUUUCGGCAAUAAAUGUUGCACAAUUGUCCGGCUGAAAUGUCACGCAAGGCAUAUGGACUUGGUAGCCAUUUUUGGCGGUUUCUACGUCUAUCUAGGAAAACAAGUUUUACCGUUGUAGCCGAGUGGUAGUUAGUGAAAGCCAUCGAGAAUGCGCUUGGAAGGUUGCGUUGCCAGAUAGUCGACAAAGCAUGAUCAUUAACAGUUACUCACUAAUUGCAAGUACUAUAAACUUUUAUAAGUUGGUUCCGGGUUAUGUGAGUAGAUGUGAAGAGGGUAAGUGGGAAACUUGACGCAGGUCAAGUCUACGCCUAAAGCAAUUCACACAGGAGGAGAUUACAACAUCGGUAGACAGGGCAUUCCACACUGCAACCAAUCUGUUACUGAAAAAGAACUCUCGUAUAUUAAUCCUUGCUUUCCCGGCGCGUUGUUCUAGGGAAUGACCGCGCAAAGUGGUCUGUUAGCUGGAGUGAAAUAAUCAGUGGGUUCUAAACAACAGUCUAGGCCGUUGAUAAUGCGAAAUGCUAGUAUAAGGUCACCACGUAAUUGCCUGUGGGAAAGUGAAAACAGGUUGAGAGUUGACAGUCUGGUUUCAUAGGGCAGUGCUUCCAGACCUUGUGUCAUUUUGGUCGCCCGUCUCUGGACCUUCUCCAAGACGAUAUAAUCCUUGGCAGUCCAAGGUCUCCACGCCUGUAUGACAUAUUCUAGAUGAGGCCGCACGUAAGUGCCAAAUAUUUUGCAAAAGCAGUCAGGGUCAAAUCCCAUAAAGGCUCGCCUAAUGAGUAGCAAUGUAGCCGUAGCCGAUUUAGCCGCCUUCGCACAGUGCAGUGUUGGUUUUGGGUGAAGAUGUAAUCCAUACACCCAAGUCCUUCUGAAUGUCAACCUGUUGCAGUGGUGUGCCGUUUAGAAAGUAGGUCCUGGGGCUGGAGGCCCUGAAGCUGACGAGUUGAAGAAAGUUACAUUUGCUUAUAUUGAAGGGCAUUAGCCAGCGCUUCGACCAGUCUUCGAGCCUGUUCAACUUUGCUUGCAGGUGGUGUGCGUCUGCCGCAUCGUGAAUAACUUUCCACAAUUUCAUGUCCUAGGCAAACAGGAUGGAAUCACAGUCUAGGUCCUUGACGCAGUCAUCUAUGAAAACGAGGAAUAUCGUGGGACCUAAGACUGAGCCCUGUGGGACGCCACUCACCACGCUUACAUAUGAGAACUGUUGACGCCCGACCUGCACUCUCUGGGACCGUCCAGCCAAAAAGUUCUGGAUCCAUACAAGAAGGCGUCCACGAAUUCCAGCGUUGCGCAGUUUGUACAAGAGACGUUGAUGAGGAACGCUGUCGAAAGCCUUUUUGAAGUCGAUGUAGAUGGCGUGCACCAGCUUGCCUUUAUCACGUGCUUUGGUCCAGCGUUCGAGCGUAAAGAGUAGAUUGGUGAGACAGGACCUACCACUUCGAAAGCCGUGUUGUGCAUCAGAGAGGAGGUGGUGCUGCUCGAGAAACUGCAUCAAAGCCUUCUUAAUUAUCUUCUCCUGAUUUUGCAACUGAUGGAGAUAAGGCUCCCUGGCCUGUAGUUAUUCGCAGACGCACGACUUCUGCCCUCAAAAUGCGGAGCGAUGGUAGUGGACUUCCAAUCAGAGGGCGGGCAUCCAGUAACAAAUGAAGUUUGAAAGAUCAAGGCUAACGGCUUGGACAUUUCGGGAGCUAGCCCCUUCAGCAGCUUGGCCGGGAUUGCAUCAGGGCCUGGGGAGGUCGAUUCUUUUAGGUUUAGUAGCUCAUUCCGAAAAAUUGUUAUGGUGAAGAAGACGGCUUCGAGGGUAGGCGUUUCUUCAUCUCCUCAAUUGGGUGAAAGAAAAUCAGGUUCACUUGUCACGACGGACCGGAAUAACUGAGAGAGAUGUUCAGCCUUAUCCUUGUCAUCGGAGAUUUCCAUUCCCUCUGCUGUUCGCAGCAGUGGGAUUGGAUCUUUAUUCCGUGUGCUCUGUCUUAUGCAGCUGUAAAGGAAUUUGGGAUUAACCAUGGCACGGUUCAAAAGAUCCUUUUCAAAGGCUUCCCGCUUUCUGGCGAUGAGAAUCUUCACCCGAUUUCUCUGUAACUUAUAACUACUUAGGGCUUCUGGCCUCCGGUCAAUCAGGCAUCUUUUCCAUAGCUUCCUCUUCUUGUUAACUUCCUUCUUCAGGGACGGAGUCAACCAGCGGGGUCUAUUCGUUAGUCUUCUGCGCAUGAUUGGGCAGUGGUUGGAGAUGAGGUUGUGGACUAUCUCUCUAAACUGACACCAAACCUCUUCGAUAUCACCGGAGAGAGAGGAUGCCCGGUCGAUAGGACUAAGAUCCUUUUUCAUCUGUUUGAAAUUACCGAGCCAAAUAUUGGGUCGGGAAUUGAGCGGUUGUGCAGGCAGGGAGAAUAAUGUGCAUUCCCACAUGAGAACUACAUGGUCACUCUGGCCCAACGCGGGAAGGCAAUUCACAACUUCGAUGCUGUCAGACGAUUGGUCAAACACAAGAUGAGGGCAGUUCAUUUGUUGACCUCUCGAACUCUCGUUAGAAACAUUACGCGUUGGGUGAGAAGCAGAUUUUCGGAGGUAUGCAGUAACUGCUGGUAGAAUGCUGCUUCGGAGCACUCGGCUAAGGCCGAGCUCUAGUUUUUGUGGGGUGUGUCAAAAUCCCCAAUGAUGAGAGAAGUCGGCCGCGUUGAAAAUAAUCUGAACUCCUCCAGCAGUUGGAAAUCAGCGUCAGAGCUCAUUCUCACGGGAGGAUAUACUGUCAAGAUAUCGAGGCUUUAAGAGCCCGGCGCCCUUGUAGUCAGCCAUUAUGCUUCCGUACUACAAGUAAUUGGGCAGUUUUUUCAGAAACAUGCAAGCCAUCCUUAACAAACGUUACUAUGCCUACACCCCUUCUGUUUCCUCUGUCUCUGCGGAACAGUUGAAAUCCAGGGAGCAUGAGCUCCCUAUCAUCAAUCUGUUCGGAUAAGCAUGUUUCUGUCAUUGAGAUAACGUCUGGGUGGAGGUCGAAUAGGUUAGAUGAUAGUUGGUAGCCCUCUUGACACCGCGAACUCCCAGCUGCCUGUCAAUCGGGACCGGUGGUAAUAGGGGCUAUACGGGUGGGACAUUUGACUGGACGGGUAAAUGGCGAUUGUAGUAUAUGCUAGGAAUUGACGCUCCAGGUUAAGUGGAAGCCUAAUUUAGAUUAGGUGAAAAAUACAAGGAAGGUAUGGAAAUGAGCAAGGAGACUUUGAACGGUGGUGGAAUAAAUUCAUCCUAGCCUCAGAUUGGAACGAAUAGCAAGUGCAGGCGAACAAGCAAUGGGAAGAAGGCAACUGGUCCGAAUGUCAUUCCGCAGUGUAAGCGAUAAAACUCCAUGCAACAUAAUGGGCAAGAGGACACGAGAGUCAAGCAGCGGCACGCGGAACGCCACAGCGCAAGCCGGGUAAGAUCUUUAUGCGAAAAAUUGGUUUGGGCGGAAGAGAAAAUCCGCAACUAAUGAGGCAGUCGAAAGCUUCCUCUGCUAAUGAAAGUUGCUAAAUGGUAAGCCUCAUUGGCAUCUUUACCGGUGCCAAUCCGCCCAAGAUAGUACCUCUACAAUGAAUGAGGCAGUCAAGAGCUACCUCUUCUUAUGAAAGUUGAUGUAGGGAACGUCUCAUUGUCAUCGUUACCGGUGCCCAGGAUAGUACCUCCACAAUGAAUCCGGUACAGGUAAUACAGCACGCAUGCAAAUUUAGAAGCAUAAUGAGAACGUAAUCAUAGCUACUGAAAUCAAGCCAGUAGGUACAAUUGUAGAUUCUGUGGGCACGGUUUCCAACUACCUCUCCUAAUGAAAUUUGACAUAGGGUAGGUCUCAUUAUCAUCGUUACCGGUGCAAAUCUGCCCAGGAUAGUAUCUUUAAAAUGAAUCUGAUACAGGUACUACAGCGUGCGCGUGAAUUAAGAAGCAUAAUGAGAACGCAAUCACAGCUACUGAAAUCGAGCCAGUAGGUACCAUUGUGGAGUCUGUGGGCACGACUACCAACUAUCAUCUUACCGUCGAAUACAUGGAUACGGAGUUCAUCCAGUUUUGAAAGUACACUUUGCGCUUUGGUAUAAAUGAAUACGAGUUUCGAGUUCAUGCGCCAUUUGUUUUCAACCCCGACACAGGCUACUGGGGCAUCUGUGCGGUCAUUCGGAUCGGCUUGAUCCAGAGGGGAGCGGAAUGUUGUUUGACUAUCUGGUCGUUGUAGAUUGUCAAGUUUUGUUCUCCGUUGGUUUGCCGUGUUCUCAAUUCUAGGACAAGUUCGCGGCGUUUCAUCCUCUCGUCAGGUGAGUAGACCGACUGAAAAAACACUCCUUUAUGGGAAUGUUUCGAUCGAAAACGCCUGGAAAGGAUUAGUUUCGCCUGCUCAUUGCAGCAUUUUACUUAGGAGUUUCUGGAAUUGCUCUAAGUCAGCAGAGACUCGUUCCCUAGGGGUACUGGCGGAGGACUCUGGGGAGCCCCGAAUUAUGAUGCAGUGGUCCUUGCCAAUAGAAGCGAAGAGACGAGUCUCAGGAAUUAGUUUUGAAGAAGGUGACAGGAUUGAUGGGACAAGAGCUUUAUUAGCCUGACGUUUCGGAUUCCUGCUCGAAUCCAUCAUCAGAGACAAUAGCAGAUACGGGUGAUUCAUGCACAAGGAGCUGCAGUAUUUAUAGGAUGCAGUCGCUUUUCUACCGCAUACCUAUGAACAUUCACGGCUCCCCCCUUCAUCCGAGAUCGUCGCACUUGAUGUGCUAAUUGCUUGAUGGCCGACGUUUGCGUCGUUAAUUGCCGCAAUUUCAUCACGUGCGUUGGAUGUUGGUGUGAUGAUUGCUCGACCAUCUGACGCAUCGACCCUGGUGUUGGGAAGAGUGUUCACUUGUGCGCUCCCCGCGUGGAUAAUUUCUCCGCCUAGGCGAAGUCUCAGCACCGAGUAUGCAAGGUGAAGUUCAUUGCACUUGUUAAUAGACUGGGGGCCAGUAAACCAUGAUUCAAGUAGCUCCCGGCUUACGCGGUUGUCACCUUUUGCGGGAAUUUCGGCCUCGUCGAAUUUGAAUGUGUGGCCGGAUCUCGUCGAAUGAGCCGCAACUUGGGAGCUGGCUCAUUUCUCCGCACCGCUACAGCGUGUUCGGCCAUUCCCGUUUGGAGCUGUCUACCAGUUUCUCCGACGUAGUUGCUGUGUCCGCAACUGCACCAGAUACGAUAAACGACUCCAGACGUUUCUAGUCGUGGCAGCGGGUCUUUCGGUUUCAUUAUCAGACGUCCGAUGGUUGCCUCCAUUCUGUGUGCAACUCCAACCCCAAGUGGUGCGAGAAGUCAGCCGACAGCUUCCGAAACGUUCUUGACAUACGGAAGCGCCCGUUAAGAUUUGGCGUCCGUGCGGUUAGGCUCUUCGUCCCUUUUGCGUAUGCAUUAAUAAGCUCGCGUCGGGCCGACUGAGAUUGGGAGCAUUUAGUCAGACAAGAAUGUGGCGUGCGCCGACUUGUCGUGAUCGCUGGAUAGGAAUGAACUUCCCCACUUUUCCCUGGAGCUGCAGGCUGCUAGCUGCCAAUUUGUUUUGCGUUGGCUGCAGUUAAAACGAAAACACAUUCGUUCGCGCGAGAGUUGGGGAAAUUCGGCCUUGCCUCUCCCUCACUACUCACCGCUUUCAUUACUUUCAAAUUGGGUGAGACAGACGAAAGUAACAGAUCACGUGUCCAAACUUUCUAGACGCGCUCUCCCAUAAUACGUUGUCUGGCGAUCUGCUGACUCGUUUUCCAGAAUACAGCAUCCGUACUUGCGGAGGAGGUCAGCUGCCUGUUUUAAAAAACAUUGAAAAUAAAACAUUUAUCGAAGCAGCAAGCGCUUAUGUUUUCUCCGUAAUACAGAUGAUCACUUAGUUCUAUUUAUAGAUUUACUAAGACAUGCAACCUCGUUUCUAAGAAAAAUGAGCGAACAGAAGAAAGGUCGACAAUAAUUGUGCUGUGGACCCAUUGAACACUUUUCUCUUAUAAGAUACCUCUUUAAAAGCAAUUUGGUAUGGUGGUUGGGUGACAGACUUACCAUUCACCAAGGUAAAGUCAAGUUGAAAAUUAAAACGUUUUAGUCGGUUUUUCUACUUUCGCGAAAAAUAAGCAUACGCUUUCUGCUAUUAACAAAAAAUCCUCUUCCUUUUUUAUUGGAACCAUUUUCUCAAUAUUAACUCACUUUAAGGCUUUGUUCUACGAUUUUGAAUGCACAACGGGAUGAUCACAUUAAUACUAUGAUAUUGCCAAGACUAGUAAUCUUCUGCCUUUCCGUUUUUGAGUUGCGAACCAGUGGAAACUAGACUAUACGAAAAUAUUUUAUGUUAUACUCAAAAUUGACAUAGUCACUAGAUGGCUUGUGGUUUCGCGGUAGGUUGUUGGGUGUUUGCAAAGGGCAUGACAUAGCGCAGAUUUGCAAGUGCGACUCGUUCGGCUCAAUGAAAUGGCUCUUACAACCCGCUCCUCCCCGCCCAUCUAACUGGCUAAACUUUUCCGUAAUGCGUUGUGCUUCUCCAAAAUGCAUGCCUGCCUGUUUGCUUCAUAUUGCAAACUUAUAGUCUUCUUUUUCCUAAUCCUUUUCACUCAUUUUCUCUUAAUAGGAAGCGGAUUCCCUACUUCACUCUGCCGCAGUUCCUCUUCUUCAUCCCCGGCUUACAAAUACUCAAUAUACGCAAAGUUGCUCAAGGUAAGCCCAAACGUUUCAAACCAAGUCUUGAUCUAUGCAUGACAAUAGCGUAAGCAAGGGAGAAGAAAAUUUUGUUUUGUUCCCAGUGCAGACGUUGCACUUUGGCCUGACAAAUUAGAUAAAUUUGCAGACUGAAUGUUGUCGCACUGCAUUUCUGCAAAAACGUCUCUAUUUGGCCCACAGCCAGCUAUCCAUAUCUUUUUUAUUUCCGUUCACUAAAUAACAGCCUCUAAUAGUGUAAACAAACGUCGCUGGUCUUAUUCGGAGGCACACAUUUCCAGUUUGCACAGCCCCUGGGAGCAGGUUAUGGGUGGAUUUUCAGUCAGGGUGAACAAACCACUACUACUGCCACCACCAGUUUCGCCCCCUCUCCUUUCUACUUUGAGACGUCGGGCUUACCAAUGUGCCACACAAAGCCUGGUUGCUUUACACUGUGCGUUCUGUACACGCGAGCACCAGUCCCACCCACGUUGAUCUACCUAGGGGCGCGCAAUCGAUAAACAUGCGACCUGCGUUUGAACACUCUCUCGCCUUCAGCUCUCAAAUGCGGCAUCCAAUAGCAAACAGGCAAGAGCUCCUAACUCCCUCACCACGUACAGACAACUGUCAGACCAGGUGAAAUACGCGUCUCGACAACACACUGUCUUACAUUUCAUUCGUUCUUCUGUCCCCUCUGGAAAUGAUCCUUUUCUAGACUUCUGCCAAACGCUUACACUACACCCACCACAUAAUCGUGAAUUGUUCACUGUAGUCCAUAAAAUUAAGUCUGCCAGAAUACGCAGCACAUUCUAUCUCCGAAGUUGAGCUUCAAAUGAUUCCGCGAUUUAAAUACUCUUAGCUUGCUCUUAAAUUAAAAAAACCGCCAAAGUUUCCCACUGCAGCUCACCUCUAGCAUAAAGAACGGAAAUUAGAGAUCUGUUGUAGGCAGUAUACACAGCAAAUGUGCUAGAUAAUAAGAUUCUGAAAGGCAUUUUCCGCUCCAAAUGAUUGCUUAGUUAGCGCUGGAAUAUUAGUCACCACGCAGCAUUGUCUAAAGACACUUCAGUUACCUCAGGAUGCCAGAUUUUGCACGAACUUCUUUUCGCUGGCCUGACGCAACAAGCUACGAAAACUGCCUACAUAUUGGUAUGAAUUAUUAUCAUUGAUAUUCGAUGCCCUUAUAGAUUCAAUUGCACAUCAGCGAAGACGUGCAUGAGAACAUUCGCUCGUUUUCUCAUGCAGUAGAGCAUUAUGUCUUCUUUUAAUUUUGUACUCGAAGGAAAGGCCGUUCUCAAAGAUAUUUCCAAGAAAGAAAAAAUUUUGAACCCAAAAUGUCGUUGAAUCGGGGUUUGGGGUUUCCAAACUACAAGCUGUACAUUUUACGUGCACACAAAAUCAUGCAUUUCCAUGACCAUAGGGUUCAUUAAAUUUGGCAUUGGACUUCAGCCAUAUUGCAAGAAGUGCGAUGUUAAUUGAACGGAAGUUUUAUAAUACUAAAAAUGCUUAUCGUUGGAAUUUUUUUAAAACUAAAUAAUACCCUUCCGUCAAGCAUAAAAUUUAAAGAAAACGAACUUUACUAGAAAAUGGUAAGACUGACGAACAUUUUUAUGCAUGUCUCUAUAAAAUUUAUUUGAAUUUGUCAGGGCAUCUAAAAUCAAUGAUAUAUCGCCAUGCUAAUUAAGCAGUCAGUUUUUGUAGAAAGCAGUUUACGCAGGCUACCGGAAAGACUUUCGUUCGGAAGUUGACAUCCUGAAGUAAUUGAAUUAUCUAAAGAUUGUUCUGCGACAUGACUGAUAUGACAAGCCUACUUAAGCAAUCUAUUCGAGUAGAAAACGCCUUUCAGAAUUUCCGCAUACAUCUUAUGAAUUAGCACAUCUACUGUAUGCAUUGAUUGAAGGCGAGCAAACAUGCCGUCCUACUUAAGGUGCUUUGGAAUUUGAGUGAAAUUUAUGUAUUUGGAGCCUGACUAGUAAUAAUCGAAAAGUUGACAUAGUAAAGCUUCUUGCGUGGAAGUAAGAUGCGCUUUGUGGUUUCCUGGGGAAAAAACGACCCUUCUUUGCAACUAAUUACGUCAUUCACAGAGAACCAAUAGAUACCCUCUAUGCAAACUAGGCAAAGCAUGCUCAACUGCUCUUGAGUUACUUUUAGAUUUUAAGUCGGAAGUAGGUACAUUUAACAAUUUAUUACCUUAAUUCUGGAAAACGUAUCCUUAGAAAACUCCCAUGCAGUACUAGCGUUCUCACCCUGAUUUGCCAAAACCAGUAGGCCCCAAGAAUGUUGUUAAAUGUAACGUCCCGUUUCUAGUACUCCCCUCUCUCGCAGUUUCCUUCAUCAUAUCUCUCGUCGUCGGUUAAUGGGAUGGACCGCCAUUCACUACUGAGAUGAUGUUGUAACAUUAGUUGCAAGCCGAUUUUCCUUUUCAAUGGUGACAAUAUGAUAAAGCACGUCCAAGAUUUCACGAGGACCCCUUUUCAAGAGCGACGUCACUCACUCGAUUUGCUAAUUCACAUCCCACAGAAUGUGCCUCGGUUGCUAAUCGGUCAGCCAACAAUGUGACGUUCAUGAAACCCCGGCCUACAUAGAUUACUGAUAAUUAACUGCAUUAGUCAGCAGACGCAUUCGCACGCAAAAUGAUUAAGGAGUAUUCAGCCAGGUUCUGUGAUUUAUGGCACUACGUUAUGUGACGAGAUCCAACAGAUUAUGCGAAGUCAGAAAAGACUGUGAGAUAAAUACAUCUGCCGGGUCUCUUGUUUACGCAAAGAACUCAUAGAAUUACCUAUGACAGUCGACAGGACCAUGAGCCCGUGGCCCAACAGGAAGGACAUGGACUUCUAAGCAAUAGAUCAUGGGUUCUACUGUCGGGGCUGCACACCUCAGGGUUCGGUAUAGUGGGCGGAUUAAAGGCUAACGAGACAGAAGUGGUCAUUGCAGUCUCCUCUGCCUUUGUCUGCGAUACUAUUCUGCCCGUGUAUAAACAUGAAUAAAUACAUUUACACAUACAUGCAUGCUAACACACAACUUGUUAACUGAAAUCCCGAAAUGUGAUAAACACUCAAAAAGAUUACUUAAAUUGAACUGUAAUAUUAAUCGUCAUGCGGCAUAAUCUUAAAAUAAGUAAGUUACUUCAGGAUGGCAGCUUUUGAACGAAUUUUGUUUCGGCCGCCUGGGACCACAGUCUAUAAAAAUGACUGCUCAUUAAGUAUGAAUUUUUCUCAUUGAUUUUCGGCGCUUUUAUAAAUUAAAAUAUAUUUCAUAGAAACCAUGCAUAAAAAUAUUCUUUUGUCUUCUCAUUUAUUAGGAACUUACGCCUUCUUCAAACUUUAUACUAGAAGAAAGGGUAUAAUUCGGUUUUAAAAAUUUUCCAUUUAUGGAAUUUAAGACCGGAAAAUACCCUUUCUUAAAAUUUCGUGUCUCUGAAUUUACUAUUGUUUCUCGUAAGGUCUACAAUAUGGCUUAAAUCUACUGCCAAAUUUAGAACAAGCCGUAUAUGAUCUCCUCGUAAAAACACAUAGAAAUGUAUUAUGAGUAACGGACCUUAUAAAAUGUUGUACGAAUUUCGACGGGAAUGGAUGACUUAGGUGAGGUUGUAAAAUUGACUGUCUUACUGUAUAGUCCCAAAAUAUUUCAGACUAGCUGGGAUGCUGGCUUUUGAAUUUACUUCUUUUCGACCUCCUGUAAAAGCGCAAUCCACAAAAGAUGACUACAUGGGCGAUAUACACUUUUCACAUUUAUUUUCGAUGGUUUCUAGUUUCAAAUCUAGUUUUAAGAAAAAGGGCACAAAGUAAGUUUCCUUUUACUCGUCUGUUAGAAAUCACAUCGUCUUCACGUGUUAUAUUAUAUAUUAAGGCUUUGAAAUGGUUUUAAAAAUUCCCGAAUAUUUUUGGGCCAGAUCAACCGUUGCGUUAGCGUUGAGCAAUCUCAGUCUACGAGGUGCAUGCUUUCCGCGUUAGAAAAAUAGUAUAUUCCUCUAUGUCUUUAAGAAACUAACGUAUAGAAUUCCAAAAUUUUGCAAUGGAUGGAGGCUACGUGACACACUUCAUGAGGAACAUUGGUAAACGAACACGCACGAUGAUGUACGAAUAGACAUUUUACGGUCUCCAGAAAUCUGAUGGUUACAAAUUUUUAAAAGGCUAAAAUAUAUCCUUUACCUGAGUAUAAAACCUGAAGACAACGUGCUAGUUCACAAAGUGAGUAAAAGAAAGCACAGUUGCAUAAAAAUACUUGAGUUUAUAAGAUCAUUGAAAAUCAGUGUGAAAAAUACCUGCUUCUUUUGCAGCCAUUUUUUAUGGAAUGUGGUUUCUGCAAGAUGUUGAAAAGAAGUGCAUUCAAAAGCCAACACCCUGGUGAGUCCAACAUAUCAUUAGAUUGAAGGCAAAAUUUCGAGUUUUAGAACAACGGAACAUUUUGUUUACUGUCCUUUUGCAUCCCGUGUCAAAACCUUCAUUGUAACUACACAGGCUAGACUGGAUACAGGCUCUAAUUGCGCAUACACGAAUAUAGGCUUGCUUUGCGACGAGGCGACACAUUAUCACAAGUGGCCGUCUACACAGCCACCAAAUUGUCGUCCACGCCGGAAAAUGCAGGCCGAGAAUUGGUUUAAGUCUAGGCCUCAAGUGAAAACUCAGUCAACCAAUUUAUCGAUUUGGCGGCGGCGUGCAGAGCCCUGCGAAGUCACCUGCAAUCGUGCGCAGUCGGUCGAUGAUUGGCCUACAUACCCUAUAACUGUCGCUCGUUUUUCUGCUGCUACUAUCUCUGACGAUGGACCACUGAAUGAGUCCAAAAGCUCAGGACGACAAACAAGGUGUUUCGGUCCUCAACCCCUCUACUUCUACAUUUACUAUAAGAUUACACCGCAAGAUAACAAGUAUUAUAACCCCGUUUAAGUAAUCCCCCCCAGGUGAAAAGGACAUUUCAGAAUUUCGGUGAACCUUUCAUGGGGUCGGCCACUCACUGUAUAUAGCUUGCAGCUUUUAUCUUGUAAACCCUGAAUGUAAGUGCAAAGGCGCGUCGGGUUCAAAAGUGUCCUAGAAUGAGGAACGUAUUUUUAAACCGAAUUGUACCCUUCCUUCAAAUAUAGAAUUUAAAGAAGGCAGAACUUUCCACCGAAUGAGUGAAAGAAUAAAUAUUCGUUGCAUGUUUUCUAUAAGUUAUAUUUGAAUAUGUAAGGGCAUCGAAAAUUGAAGAUGAAAUUGACAAUUAACUGGUCGUUUUUACAGAAUGGAGUUUUUAAUGACGACGGGAAGGAAGAUCUUUCGAAUGCCGUCAUCCUGAGGUAAUUGGAUUACCACGAGAUCAUGCUGCACAAUUAUUAAUCUACCAAACCUACUUAAAUAAUUUUUCGGGUGGAAAACACAUUUCAGCAUCUCGGUCAAAAUUUCGUGUUUUAGUCCAUCUGCUGAAUGUUUAAUUAUGUGCAGAAUAACAUUGUCGACAAAGACAAUAUAGAGUCACUCGUACCAUUGUGUCUUGUGACUCUCUCUUGAGUCCAACCAGCAACCGCACAGCGGCGCAUGAUAUAUAGGCAGAAUGGUAUUACCGACAAAGACAAGGGAGACUAGAAUGGCCAUUUCUGGCUUAUAAGCCGUCGUCAGCCAGCCAUACCUAACCCCGAAGUGUGGAACACCCGAGGCUUGAACUCGCGACCUGUUAUUUAGAAGUCCAAUGCCUCUGAGCACUAUGCCACCGGCCGAUUGUCCUGUCGGUUGCCCGUUGUCUUUGUCGGUAAUAACAUUCUGCCUAUAGCAUGCACCGCUGUGCGGCUGCUAAUUGGGUUCGAGAGAGGGCCCGUAGGGCACAAGGGAAUGAGUAAGUUCCGCAUGAACGAUCGAUGAGCGCCCCCUACCAUUGUUUAUUCCCGAUCAAAACCGACAAGGCAACCGGCUCGUGGCCCAGUGGUUAGAAGCGUGGACUUCUAACAGACAGGUCGCGAGUUCGAGACUCGGGUGUUCCACACUUCGGGGUUAGGUAUGACUGGCUGACGACGGCUAAUAAACAAGAACUGACCAUUCCAGUCUCCCCUUUCUUUGUCGGUAAUAACACUCUUCUUCAUUUAUUGUAUCGUCUCGGAAUGCAUUCUCUCUCCGUUAUUCACAUAUCCACAACAGUGAGGGUCAAACGCCCACCUGACAUGCUUAUAUGCCUCACUUCAUAAGGCCUAUGACGUACUGAUGAUCGGUAACGACCGUGAAACAGCUGUCUGCGUCUGGCCUGUUGCACUCUUAUCGAGCUGCUCAUGUAUUAUAUAUGGUAUGUGUCCUCUGACACAGCGUUCGUUUUCGUCAGUAGCAAGCUGGCGGGCGGACAGAAUGGGAUCGAGGGAGAUCCUAACCACAGCAGUGAGGGUCAAACGCCCAUUUGACAUGCAUAUAUAUAUAUGGAGGAAUGUAUAAUGAUACAAAUAAAAGACACUGAAGCCUGAAAAAGUAUUUUGCGGAUGAUUUACGCGAAGAUAGCAAUUGGCAACUAUCCCUGUAGAGGUGCAAUAUCAGUAAAAUACUUGUCCUGGCAUCUAACUAUUAUUACUGCUUCCAAAAUGCUAAAUAAUAUAUUAAAUAUCUAUUUUGAGAACUUUCGAUUUGAUGAAAUGUAUUCAGAGCUAUACAAAGCACAUAUGGGGCGGGACGAUAAUUCAUGGGUCAAUUUUAGAAAUCGAUUUCCCCCUUUGUUGUCAUAUGUGGAAAACACUUAUAAUUUCAAGGAACUUUUUGAAGAUUAAGCGUUAUCCAAUCAUCGCAGAGGGGCUGUUUUUGUUGCAUAAAUAUGCACUCUGACUGCCCUUCUCAGUCUAUCCGAUGACAAGCGUUCAGUUGGGGGCUUUGUGUAUUGUUUUCCCAUUGAUCGGGAAAUGCUUCAGCUGUACGUUUUGCGUCUUGCUUUUGCGGUCUCCAUAUACUUUGAAAUUGCCAUGAAACCGUGCAGUAGUUAUCCAUGCGUUGUUACUAGUGAAUUCAGAAAAAUUGUUGCGGUUUAUGUAUCGUGUGCGAACGCACAAUAGGUUCGUAAAGUAUACUAGGACUCGCUAAUUUAUAAUACGAUGGAUGCGAGUAGCUAUCAAUCUGUUGAUUUACUUAGGUCAAUCUAUGCACAUUUUAUUUAGGAUCUGGCAAAAAUGUGACUAGAUUUGUGAAUGAUCUACCAGGGUUUAUAAAUCAUCCAGUAUUCUGAAUUCCUAGGAUGAUAUGAGCAAUUCUCAUAUCGUAGUGGCAUUAGUGAAUUUGAACCGCAAGAGACAAGGAGUUUAUUGUGAGCGACCUAAAGGUAUGUCUCGUAAGGGUUUGGUUCCAAGUCAGCGCUUUCAUUUCUAACAGGAGUAAAUAGCUAGGAUGUCAAAAAUAUAGCAUAUAUGAGAAUAUCGAUGGUCAGUGCUGGAUGAUGCCAGUAGGCCGAAAUUUUCGCAUACGUCUCAUGCAGUAGGCAAAAACGGCAAAAGACAUGACUGUGCAUUUAGCAAUUACCAGUGCAGUCAUAGUGGCGGAUUAUGCAAUAUAUCUAUGAAUGUCGCUCUGAAAAGACAUCCUAUAUGAUUUGCUCAGAAGUGUCAUUAUUGUGGCAACGCACAAAAAUGGUCGUUCAACUUGUCAUCAUAUGUGUGGGCUACUCGUAAAAUCAGUAAGCUCUUGUCUGUGCUAAACAAAAUUUUCUAAAGGAAUGACUAUUACGGAAAUACACUUCGUGCAAUUUACCUCAAAAAAGUUUUAGCAACUUUUUAGUUUAGUACUAGUUUAUCAGUUCUGAACGUUGAAGUAGACUGCAGAUAUGGGCAAGACAGGCAUCAAAAAGACAGCCCGGUUUAAUUAAAGCACCGCUGUCUAAGCCACAGCCCUUGCAAGAAUAUUAUUUUCAAAUCACCAUUCCUAUUUUUUACAAUUCUGCUGUGAGACGUGAACCCACCUAGCACGAAUUGACACUUCAAUUAUCAUUCUUAUUUCAAUUAUAUUUUUUGAGUUUAUACUCUCCCUCUUAGGAGAAUUAUGCGGUGCUUUCAUUUCUUUGCCUUAUUCGUCACUUUGGGCGAGAAAAAACUAAAACCUUAAGCAAUAUUUCCCCGAAAUGAAUUUAAAGCAGGCAAAGACGGUAGAAUUUAUUGGUACCAAUAAAACCGCUUAGAACGUAAAUGGGCCGGCUAAUGUCGUUAUACGGAAUUUGCCAUAAGCAUGUUGACUUUGCUAAUGCUACUUCAAAUUAGACACGGCAAACUCCGGUGAGUUUCAACAACCGCACUACAGAAGUCUGGUUGGGGUAAGCGUAAAGCAGCCUUAUUUUAAAAUAUUUAAUGCCUCACAGUAAAAGCAACUCAAUCGACUAAAAACCGGCCCCAGGGCGGCAGCCAAAUUUAAAAUAAAAAUGGAAUUCUUGGCAAUGUUCUUCACGCUCAUAGACUUUGCAUGUGGCGGGAGAACGAGUUAAAGUACGUUUAGAGCAUCUCACCUAUCGCAUGGUAUUUUAGCCGGCAUUUCCGAAAUGCGCUUUAUAUCAGAAAAGAAUACCAUAGUGAGGCUACAAUGUUUAUUAUUGUGCCGCAUUAUCCCGAAUUAUUUUACUAACACGAGAAUGCCGUUCUCUAAAUGAGUUUCUUUUCGGCCACGUCCGAAACCGCAUUUAGCCAAAGGUGGCCACGUAAGAAUUUAUAUAUUUCCCAGUGAAUUUCGAUGUCCGUACAAACUCAAAUACUUAUUCAUAUUGACCCAACUGUGAAAAACUCGGCGCCUCGGUGGGAUUCGAACCCACGCAGUAAGGGGAAGGCUUUAGCGCAGCUAACGCUCUAACCACCUGAGCUACGAGGCCCCGCCGGACGACGCGAGUUUAAUCACAUGUGGGUCAAGUUACCCGCCCAACCUACUGCAACGUCUGGAAUCCACCAAAUCUGAUACAGUAAGUUGACUGCUCAAGCAGGAUUUCCUAAGUAAUUCACCUAGAAUCCACCAGAUGACUACCAGGCUCGCGUAAUUCAUUGAUGUUUUGGCAGAUUUUUGAAUUAUUCAUAUUGACCCAACUGUGAAUAAUUCAAAAAUCUGCCAAAACAUCAAUGAAACUCAAAUACAUCUUUCAUACCCUCUAAAAUGUUGUAACUAAAUAAUGUCAUGCGCCAUUUCCGCACCUCACUUGGAAGAGCUUUACUGUAGCGUCUAGGAAUUUCCUGAAAGCAAUGCGUUCAGAAUGGUAACACUAACACGCGACCAUCAAGCCGAUGAUAUAUAAUCUUGGUGAACAAAUUGAAAUAGCAGUUACACUGGAUCCAAGAUUGCCCGUAAAUGUCGCGCAUGCUAAACAGUAGUUUUGCCAUAUUUUCUGCCAAUCCUUAAUGAAAUAUGUUAAGGACCUGGUCGGAAGUAUGCAUGACACCGUUAAGAAGCAACAGUGGAUGAAUCCAAAAAGGAUUUCUAACGGCACCGAAAACCGUAAGUAGGCUCAAGCCCUGCUGCUGUCUUUACUAGGGGUUUAAACUUGACUUGUAGGAGCUGAAUACACGCUGAUGACGGGAAAUCUUUGAAGAGUAAAUGGAAAAAUGCGUGCUUUAUCCCAUCCAGUCACUGCAAAGGCCCUGCAUUUAAAGAUUUGAUGUCCAUUGCAGACAAGGAAUCGUUUUUCAAUUCUCGCUCAUCUUUUCGAAAAAAGAACUGAUAAGCUGGGUGUGCCGAAAGGAACGAAAUGAAAAGUGCUAGAUAGUAGUUGUAAAAGACUGGCGUAUAUCCGAGACGGAAGUCCUUUGGAGGGACGUUCUUCGAUGUGAAAUACCCAACAAAUCACCAAUCGAAACUUCCUCCUAAGUUAUCAUUCCCAGGAGAACCGUAAUAUGCUUGCGGCCUGAUUGAAAGCAUUGGAGAUACCUUGCUUUCCAACGGUAGAUUGACGUAUUUUGUCUGUUAUUGGCAGUUCCUAGAUAGCUCUUCUAAGAAGCGUGUUCACUGCAAUCAUUCAACUUUUGUAUCAUUUCGGAAGGGCCGAGAGGUUAUAAUAAAACUUUAAGCUGUAAUUCUAGCCAAAAACAUAUUCAUGAAUGAUUCCAUGCAUGCUGUAAAUAACCUGGCUGUGCUGAUAUCAAUGCUCAAUCAGAGAAAAAAAAUAUUACUUAGAGUUGACCGCUGAAUUGUUAAUGUUCAAUUUGCCCAUUUCAACUAUUAUAGACGGAGGACCCUCAGUCAAAUGGGGGUCGUCGGUAGUCACUGAGACUAGCGGUCCUUCGCCCAUUCUACGUUAUAUAACCGACAAUGAACCGGUAAGCACAACGUCAAUAUGCUAUUAGGAAUCAUGCACUCUGUAGUGUACAUCAGUUGCAAAAAUCAAAUACGCUCUAAACCACAUAAUAUCUAACACUAAAUUCCAAAUACGAGGAACUUGAUAUAAAAGAGAAUACAAAAGGCAAUACACGCAGCAUAUACUUUUGCUGCAGGCAUCGGCAGAACAGCUGGUGAUAAAUAACGGUCGAUGCGAGAGGAUCUUGUUCGCGCUGGAUGAGAAGUGCAAAUGAAAAAGUAGGUUUACAAAGUGACGUGGACUGCAGUCUGUAACUUAUGACAUGCAGACCUCGAAACCUAUUCUCGUGUAUAGAUAAAAGGUUGCAGUUAUGAAAUUCAAAAGGGCAUCAAAAGGCAUGUUUGCAAGUAGAAGCACAGGGACAGGAGACGCAAGAACAGAAACAAGUUGUAUGUACAUGCGCAUUACGAUCAUAGUCUCGAGGGAAAAUUUUCGUAAACGGAUAUACUGCGGUUAUCUUCCAUUUAGAUGGAGGUCGGAUUUUCGUCUAUUAUCGUAAAAGGAGCAGUAAGAACAGGCAAUGGCAGAUCAGUGCGUUAGGCAAAUUUCUGUACGCCUUUUUAAAGAACGAAAAUAUUUAAGCAAAAGCAAAAACUUAUUAAUAAGCAAUCAGAUUGAUAAUUUCUUUAGCGGAGACCGGGCGAUGUAGUUGGACUAUCGUUGACGGUCAGCGUUGCUGUACUUGUGAAGGCAACUUUAAGUAAUCAGCAUGAGGAACACGGACGUUGAGUUAUUAGGGCCUCAUAAACCUCGUCAUUAGCACACACGAGUCGCUUGACUUACUUUACAGUCCAACAUAAAAAUCGAGAUGGAUCAUAUUUGCCGUAUGUCGCCAUUAUGGUUUAAAAAAGAACAUCUGCUGGAAUAUACAUCAGCUGUAAGCACAAGCAUUUCUUGAGUGAGACCAUAUUAUGGGAGUAAAUAUAUUAAAAAUCCUUUUCUCCUUUAUAGUCAGUAUAUCUUGAUGGCAAAGAACUAGAAAUUACUAAUGGGUCAUGUUUCUUACUUGGUGACAAAGUCAGAGAGCCGUGCGCCUUUACAAAUGGUAUGCACUCUUUGCAACUUUACUAACUUUAAAUGCUAAGGAUGUCUCAGGAGGUCCUCCCAGCAUAUUAACGUCAACCACAUUUCUGAUGAUUAUGAAAGUUAACGAAAUAUGAAAAAAUUUAUAAACGCUUAAAAUACAAAAUUUUUCCAUUAGUUUUCCCCUCUGCUAAACAGUUGUAAUAUUUUGCAGAACAACUGUUCGUUUGGUGACUCGAAUUUUUUGGAAGACAAGUGUUCAAAAAAUGCAACGGUUGGAUGUACCUAAACAACUAUCAUAUAUUUACUAGUAAAUUUGUAAAAUAACGGGCAGAGACGCCUUCACCCGUCAACGUAGUUUACUUGCUGCUAGCUUUCAGAAAUAGCAAACUUAUGUGCCAAUGAUUAGCAAUUCAAGGUGCUUGCUCUAUUGAAUUUGUCAAAUAUUUACCGCAUACGCAGACUUUUGUGAACAAUCGGUGGGACAAGCAAUGUUAUAUACACUAUUAAAACAAAUCACGUACUUCAAAUGCUUGCACCCUGUCGAAUAUUUCUCUCCAUAAAAGCUUAAUUAUUUCGUGAAUAAAAAAUUCAAAAUCAACUUUUAGAUUCUGAAGGAUUUUUGACGGAAAUUAGGCUUUCCUCCGUGACCAAUCAUACGAUGUUAACAAUAGAGGACAUUAGUUAUCACUCCACAUUUUUUGCCCCUGACUGCGUCUUUCCAACAUCCAUGGCAGGUAAGAACACCUUUUUGUCAUUAAGUCUAUUGCCUCUUCCCAAAAUUCGCCUGAAUUUUGAAGAAUGUAAAAUUCAAGCAAGCCGAACGCGGAACUUGUGACUGCAGUAGUUUUGUUGUUUAAACUAUGACUUGAAGUCCUAAUAUGCAUUCAACGCAUACUUUGUUAUUUCAGGGACCGCUAUGCCGGAGGCAUCGUUACCACUCUCCCGAUUUAUGGGGGGACAUGACGAAGUCUAUAUCACAUUUGCUGCAUUUGUGGGCCAGACCAAUUUUUCGGUAAGUACAUGCAUCCCAGUUUAAUAACUGUAGGGGUUAUAAUUACAGACCAUAAUGAAUUUCUUCAAAAGAACAAACAUUGGGCCGAAUUGAUCCAAUACGAAUGAUUAAUGUUAAAUAGCACAGUUGAAAUGGGAUAUCUGUGGAACACUUUCUAUAUCAGAAAGCAAGCAUGUCCCAAGUUUUAACAAAUCUCUUUCUGACAUUAAUAUAAUAACGCGAUCGGAAGCACUGAUCAGCGAAUCUUUUGCAGGGUUCUAGCAUAUGGUUAUUGUUUAGCGUGUUUUAAGACUUUUCGAAAAUUCUGCAUCCACUCAAAUGCAAGUUUUGCAAAUUUUUGCGAUGUCCUGCUGUAAAUGUGACUGUAUCCAGCAGAUGUAUUUUGGAAGACGACAUCUUUAGAAGAUGUUGACGUCCAAUAUGGAAUUAUCACCACAACGUUGACCCCUCGGCUUCACAUAAUCUGAAGUGUUAGUCUUUGAGCUGUGUAGUCAAUUUACCGGCUGAAGGAUACAGAUGUCGAUGUCUAACACAAUGACCACUUACACUGGCAAUGAAAAUUCGAGAAGAUAUUUAGGAACUUAACCGAUCCGUAAAUAAACAUAAGACCACUUACAUGCUAGGACAUUACCCGAUGUUCGGAGUGACAAUUUUGAUAUCUUUCCGUGAACAAGAAUUUAAAGCGGUUUGCAGAAACUUAGGAAAUUAAAAUAACCGUGUGAAAGUGGUUGGAUAUUUAAGCCCCCCGAGAAAACAUAACACAGAUACUUCCGAAAUAUGGGAGAGGUGUCAAUAUAAGUUUCCUAAUUAGAGAAGAUGGACGCGUCAAUUAUGGGAACUUGUGUAGGGAACUACAAAAAUGUGUGGUUCGGUCACAUACUAGUUUUAUCACGCCAACGAAGUAUUCGAACAGGCAGAUAAAAACUAUGGUAGGGUAAACGGGUUGAAAACAGGUGGUCCGAAGAAACUAAUUAGAAAACGUCGGACUGGGUAAGACAGUUCGUGGCAAAUAAACUUGACCGUCAACCUGAAAUUGCUUCUAACCUCAAACCUAACCUUCUCCCUAGCUCUCACAAUUAAGCCAUCUAUUUAAGCAAAGCCGCCCGCAUCUCAAAGCAAAAACCCUACCCAACGCCUAAUUCAAAUCAGAACAUUCAAGUAAACCCUAGCAUUAAUCCGAACUUAAAGUGGUAGGCCUAACUGCAAAAUAAAGGCACCAGAAUUAAACCGUGACCCUUAAUGUCAGCCUAACCCGAAUGCCAAACCUAAGGCAUAAUCCUCACCAAAAAAUCCCGCCGUAAAAUUGAUACUUGCGUAGCAUGCCUGUCUAAAUCAAAUAAUUAGGCAUGCCAUAAUAAUAUAUUUUGAGGUCUACAUAUCCAAUCAUUACCGGGCGAGCUUUGAUAAAUUACUGCAAAUUUAGGUAAUGCUGCGGCGUGCAUUUUCUCAAGAUUUGUUAAUUUAGCCCGUCAACUCCAGUCUGACAGACAUACUGAUUCUUUAAUUUAGAUAGAAUUGUACGAGGGAGAUAAAGUCCUCUGUCAUUUCAAUAAACAGACAGCAGAAGAGAAUCCACAAUUCUGUCGUACGUUUAUCUGCUGCGGAUAUUUACUGCCUAAUGUCCCAAGAAAGUCGUGAAAAACGUUGUAUCUACCUUUUAUUUUUAACUGAAAACUAAAGUAGUAACGGUAAAUCAAUGGUCAAAACAUGUUUGGCAAAAUUUUUCAGUUGAUAUUUAAAAAAGCAGAUUUUAAAUUGAAUGCCAAGCAAAGAUCUUCUGGGUUUUCAAAAGCAGUUUUCUGCAUUUAUGUAUAUUUCGCAAAUUUGUCUGAUUUCCAUCAAGACUCAUUCUGUUUGUUCCAAAAAACUGGCGGCGCAACCAAAAACAGCCAUAAGGGGAGUUCGCAAACAUAAGGAUAAUUUUUUGCUGCCACGCACAGUAUUAAAAUAUACCUGCUUGAAAAGUAACAAUGUUUUUCUGCAUUAACGAAACCCAACAACGCAUGCACAUUUCACUGUCAAGAGAAGUUGAUGCAUUUUCGUCGAAAUCCGUAAGAAUACACUUUAAAUCAGUAAUAAAAGAAGUUAAAAGCAAAUGGUGCCGAACAAGGUCCCUCGAAAAUCUGAUAAAGACAGAACGCCGGCGAGGACAUAGAGAGUGUUGUUUCGGGUUAUCAGAUUGCUCAUUUGUUUAAUUUAAAACAGCCAUAGAGUUUAUCCUAAGGAAGGGUCAUCGGUCCCCACCACCCAGUGUCCUAUGCUCAAUGAGGGGGAAGGAGGGGCGGGUGCGCACAUUAGAUCUCAAAGUUGCAGUACCACCGUGAAUUAAGAUCACUACGAAAAGCACACAGACUUUCGAAUGUGUCAGUCUAUCUCUGCAAAGACCGUGUAAGUCCGUAAUGAACCAUUUAGAAAAUUUGCUGACUAUGCAAAUAGAAAGACUGCCGGCAGUUGCCUUUCUGUAUGAUCAUCGCCACGGCCCACAAUUUCAACGACGUGAAAAUUGAAGAUGCGUCCCAUUCGCGCGGCACGGGUUGCUACCUCCGACUUUGGGUCCAACAUUCGCACGACCAACUUAUGCUCGUGCAUUCGCGGUUUCAGCCGUCGGCCGGUUUCGCUGACGUAGUUGCACCUUCCGCAGCCGCAUUGAAGUCGGUAGACAACGACCGGCAUAUCUUGCUGGGGGAUCGGAUCUUUUGGCGAUUGCAAGCGCGAAUGCACGAGCAUAAGUUGGCCGUGCGAAGGUGGGACCCAAAGUCGGAGGUAGCAACCCAUGCCGCGCAAAUGGGACACAUCUUCAACUUUGACGCCGUUGAGAUUGUGGUCCGUGGCGGUGAUCAUACAGAAAGGCAAGUGCAAGAAGCCUGGAUUUCUACCGACUGCUCUGUCAACCGACACAUCAAUUUGCCUCCCCCCUAUCUGACUUUACGAAACUUCUUAGCGGGGGAUAGUCAAGGCGCGCGACAAUCGGGGCCGUCAGUCAUCUCCGCGACCAACGGGGGCGAUUCAGGUCACGGUGACAGCAGCCACACAGGCGGCGUUGACGGGCCACGCAUUGAACAAAGGGUGCCAUUAUAAGAGGACUCGUGCGCGGGACUUCCCAGUAUCUGAAGAUGGGUAAACGAACCAAAUAUUCGAAACGUCAGACUUCCAGUAAACCCGUUCCGGUGAACGCCUCUUCGUCUUCUUCUUCUUCUUCUUCUUCUUCUUCUGACAGUCAAAACUGUUGUUAUUUUGGCUAUUUAAAAUUUCAUGCAUAAAUCUAGAGCAAAUAUGGUACCUUUCACUCCUACCCCAGUGUUUUUUCGUGCUGAAAACUAAAAAUUUCCAUUCCUAAAUAAAUAGAACGCUGUGGCAUUUCCAUAAACUGUUUUAUUUAAACUCAGCUUACCAAAGCCUCCAUGAUAUCUUCUGAUGAAAAUACUUAAUUGUUGGUUUAACGUACCCUCCUGUCUGUUGUCGUGUACAGUAAACGUUUUAUGCGGAUGAGAGAAGAUGUAGUAUGUCAAGCAUUUUGAUGACGCUGAAUAUGUUUCUUGAAAAAAAAUGAGAGCAUCGUGCGAAAUGACACAAUAUUACUCGCCUUGAGUAUAUUUACUACUCUGACGCAAUCCAAAAUAAAAAGUGACUAUUCUCAAGUUUUCAGUCCAGUUCAGUUCAGUUUAUUUGAGAGAACUCCCUGUUUCUUACAAGGAAGCGAAUUAUAUGAAAAAAUGGACAAAGGAAACAUCAAACUGCUACAGACACCCUUCUGAAACCGAGGAGAUAAACGCAUUUUUCCAAGUAGUAAAACACUAUCAUUAAUAAAUGUGCUUUACACUAGUCAGCUCACGAAUAAUUGUGCCGAUCUCAGUUAUCGGGGGAGACGAAGCAAAUGUCAAUAUUCACAUUCAAAGGACGCGGGACACUAAUCAACAAAACUAGACGUUACUGAAAUGCAGUGAGUAAUAUUACAGCACUAGUAAACUGUUAAAACGGACCGCUAAGACGGUAUCUGUCGGGUAACAAUGUGAUGUGUGGUGGUAUAGCGAUCCAGCUUUCGCUUAAAAACCUCGACGGAUGUUGACAUGUUAAUGUCUGCAGGCAGAGCAUUCCAAGUUUCGACCACUCUGUUGGAAAAGAAUAACUUUCGUGUGGCCAGCCUGGCGCCAGUCAUACUUAGGUUGAGUGGUUGACCUCGGAGGUUCGCUGUGGUUGCUAACUCAAAGAAGUCAGCAGGUACGAGACAGCAGUCCUGGCUGCGCAUAAUACGGUAUGUUUGUAUCAAGUCGCCUCUUAACUGUCUGUGCCUCAGACUAAAAUGACGGAGAUUGGAUAACCGUCUUUCGUAGGGAAUAGAGUCCUGUCCACUGAAGAGUUUGGUUGGCUGCCUUUGAACUUUCUUCAGGAUGCCGAGGUCUUCAGCGGUUCACGGUUUGCACGCUAAAAUAGAGAACUCUAACUGUGGCUGCACAAACCCCCUAACGACUCUAGCGAAACAGUCCUCGUUUACGGAGAGAAAGCCCGCUUUACAAUGUAAAGGGUUGACAUCGCGGAAUUGGCUAACUUGGAGCAUCAGAACGACGUUUUAAGCGAAACCGUAACCAAGAUACCCCCAAGAAUUUCUGGGUGUCUACCUCCAGCAACCGUAUUUCGCUCACACUUUUGAGGUGAAUACUUUAAUCUCAUCUACAAUUGCCAUGUGUUCCCAGUACUGUCCAAAAUGGGAGCGAAAAGUGUUGCAAGGGCGGUCAAAUGAAGUCUCCUAUCAUCUCCCCUUAAAAUGCUUUGAGUCUAUGUUUAUGAAGGGGCAGCGUAUGGUUUAUUCAGACAGUCACAGUAUCCAGCAGCAAGGACACGCCGUUCUGAGAAUCGCAUCUGGCAUGCCGUAAAAAUCGAAUCUAACAGAUAAAUUAAAAGGAUCAUUUUGCAUUUUUGGUUACGUUCCCGGAAGCAAAUGAUAUUAUUAUUAGUCGUGUAAUGGAGGAUAACUGCUUACCUGUUAGCUGUAAAUUUACUCGCAUGAUUUUGACCAAUUGUAGUAUUGUUUUUAUACGAGGCAAAUAAAACAGGAAAUCGAACCUUGACUGAGAAGUUUAUUAGUUAGAAUAAAAUAUACCGGAUGUAGUGCUCGGAGAUUAUUGGCGAUGACUGGACAUUCUCAAAACCCCGUAAGAAGCCCUUAUGAGAGCUGACCUAAAUGAUUGAAUUUAUACCGAUUUAGCUAGUGAAUGUGACCAGCUUAUAAAAACUUAAGAGUCACAAGUAACCACUCGAGUCACCAUUUCCGGAUAAUUUAUCCUUUUUCAUGUGCGACUGCCUGUGAGGUCUUCUAGGAGACACACAUAAGUCAAACCGAAUGAUGCAUUGUGAACCACGAGGAGGUGAUGCCAGUUUUAUCAUUAGUUGGCUGAAACAAAAAAUCGCUUAACUGCGUCAAGGUCCACAGCCUUUCUUUAUGUCACAAAACGCUGUUGACUCGGCUUCGAAUAACAGUGCCUAAAUGAAUUCAUCCUCUUAUAUAGUAAAUGUAUUUGUUUUGCACUGUUCAUCAUAACCAUCUCAUUACUGUCGGAUACAAUUUAAGAAGUAACGUUCCAGAAUGAGAACAAAGAAGUCUGGUUUAAUGGAAAAUUCAACAAAAGCGAGUAUGAGUGGGAAACGUACGAAUGGCAUUUGGACGAAUCCUUUGUCUCGGUUUUCGUAAAUUGGACACACACCGGUGAGAUGCCUGCUGCCGAAAUUAUGCCUGAUUUUAAAAUGAUUAAUCUGAGAAUAUUUCUUUGUUUCUUUAUUUAGAAAUCGAUUGGAUUUGCGUUGUAAUCAUGCAUCUGAUUUUCCACUAAUUAGGGCAUAAAUUCGAAUAUCCCGGGAAAGCAUUCGCACUGCUUGUGAUUAGUGCAAUCAUUCAUAAAAGCCUAGGAUAAAUCUAGUUCAGUUGGGUCUCUCAAAUGUUGCCACUUCUUUUGCCAACGCAAAAAUACACAUGUGUGGGCAAACUGCUGUAAAAUAUGCCAGUAACCUUUUUAAAUGUUCUAUGCAGACGAGUAAUCUAAAUACACCGUAUCUUGAUUCAUCAUGGUCCGCUUCAUAGUCUAAUUCGACAGUCAUUUAGCGCCGACUGACGUAUAAAGACUUACAGCCACAAAAUCGACCUAGUAUAUUUAGGCCACUUUUUUUAAAUAAAGGGAUUUACUGAGACACAACGAUUUACCUUAUUCUGACACCUUCUGAGGAUAUUUUGGAAAUUAGACGGGGAUGCCGAACUGUCUCGUGGUCUAACCGCAUUAUUACACUCUAUGAGCAAAAUAUAGAGCAAUUAAAAUGGUUGCACACGCACAAAAUCAAACAAGGCUCUUUUAUUUCGCCUUGUAGGAAAUUCGCCUGAGGAUGGAGUUUGCUCCCGUUAG